AUGAAAAAGCCAGCGACUGCAAGUAGUGCGAUUGCGUACGGUUGGGCGAAUAGAGCGGUGGAUCUCGGUUUCGGAGCAAAAGCAAUCACCAAGACGGAAAAUUAUCCUUGGCUGAAAAUUGAUUUAAUGGAUGUUUACCUUGUACAUGACGUCGUGGUGUUCAACGCGUUAGCACCAACGCAUUAUGGACCAAUGCUGGAUCUUAAUAUACGCAUAGGUAAGUAGAUAGGUGAUAUUCAACAACAAACAACAAACGACAAACGACAAACAACCAGCAACAACAGCAAACAACAACUACAAACAACAACAGCAGCAACAACAACUACAAACAACAACAGCAAACAACAGUGACUUUAAGAUAACCGACUACGGACUACAGACGGGAGUCACAAUCGAGCCACAGCCUGAAAUAUGAGGGCAUGUACUCUCUUCUGGCCGUUGUAUACCAUCCGUUGGUUAUUCCCUGGACGACAGAUCUGUCGAACAGUUCCAACAACAAAACCAAAACAGUUUCUGAGGGGUGCACCUUUUCUAGCAAUUGCUAUUGCAUAACUUUCAAGGCAAUCUCUCGAAAGAAAUGGUUGGUUCCAUGAUUUAAUUAAGUCGAUCGAUAGCCAUGUGUUGUGUAUACCCAGUCGAGGACGGUGUAGUGAUCAUGCAUUACUCUGGAACAGGACGAGCAAAACUGUGAAUCAUAUCUGAAUAACGGCAAGGGUAAUUUAGUCUUUUCAACAAAAUACACAAGCCUUCCAUUCCACUACAAACAGUUCCUUGAGGACAAACAAAUCUGUCUGGAAUACGAAUCGAUUGCUUUAAAAGAGGCAGGUCAUGCAUUUCAAACCUGAAUUCCGCUUUGCAUUCAUGAGGAUCCAAACUUUCAAAAUCGAAUCCAUCGUAUUUGCAGUAAGAAAAUUCUGGAUUUUGAAGUUUGUACUACGCAAAUAAAACAACAAAUUCCUCUUCGCUUAUAAUUUCAUCAGCCAGGGCAAUUAUCAAGGCAUCGUACACUUCUUGCAAUGAUUGCAUUUUGUUGAAAAGUUUUUUUUACUUGUAUACAAGAACUUAACCGUAGCUGUAUUCAUGCUGUUCUAUCUUAAAGUUCCCGCACGCGGUAGAUGGUGACAGCACUCACUAACAGCAAACAACAACUAGAAACAACAGCAACAGCAGCAACAACAACAGCAAACAACAACAACAGCAACAAAAACAAACAACAGCAGCAACAACAACUACAAACAACAGCGACAGAAACAACAACAAUAGCAAAUAACAACAACAGCAGCAACAACAGCAAACAACAUUAUACAAUCUUCAAUACAAGGAUUUUACCAGUAUUUAAUCUGAUUUAGGAAGUGCCUCAAUAAUCAACGACAAUCCAUUAUGUACAAUUGCAAAUAUAUAUGUUGGGACAGUCAUCAUUCAUCGACCAGGGAUAGUGGCCUCUAUGGUCACUGCUGAGGUGUAUGUGAACACAAAUAAUGCUG